GCGGGCUUCAGCUGGCGAGGGGGAGGGGCCCGGGGUCCGCUCGGCCGUGGAAGGAAGGCCGGGAGGGCCGAGGGACGGGAGGGCGAGCGGAGAAGCCAGUUGUGGGGGAGGGGGGGGGCCUUUCAGCGGCGGCGGCGCCGCCUCGGCCUCUAGGAGGGGGGGGGCUUCUUGGGAAGGCGACCUGAGAGGAGUCGGCCCCUCCCCUUCCCCGGGGGGGCGACUGAAGGGAUUGGCGGCCCACAGAAAGGCCUUCCAGCCCCCCCCGUUCCCCCUCCCAGGAGAGGCGUGUAGGGGGGACUGCUCUGUUUGCCCCCCCCUUUGUUUGUCCCCUUCCUUGCAGGCUCGGUGCCCCUACAAUCCCCCGCAGGCAAUCCCCCUGCCCUGAAUUUCACCCCGGCCUGGCGGCAGCUUCUGCCAACCCCCCCCCCCCCCGCUCCCGCUCCCAAGGCUCCUCCUGGUCGUUCCCUGCCAGGUCUGUAGUUAUUCUGGGCACAAAGUUCUCUGCAAGACUUGACGCCCGACGCUUUGUGCUCCUUUCUUUUUCUUCUUGGUUUGCGACUCCCCCUCCCCAGUUUGUAGCCAUUGCAACUUUUUUUCCGGCUGGGACUGAAGGCGUGCAUCCCCCCCCCCCCGCCGCCCCCGAGUUCUGGGCUGCCCCAAGCGAGCGAUGGAGCUGCCAAGGGGCAAAGCCAGUCGCCCACUUCUGUGCCAUUCCGGUUGGAUCUCUUCGAGGGGACGAUCUUGAGGGUGUCGGUCGGCGGCUGUCAACAUGCGAGCCAAGCCCUGCUUUGUAGAAGUUGCCAUCCCCUCCUCUCUUCUGGGAAAGCGAGCGGAGUUGUCUUGCUCGGGGAUUUUAAGAAACCUCCUUUCCUGAGUGUCGGAAGUAGACCCUUUCCGUUGCUUGUCUGCUGCUUUUUUGGGGCGUGGGGUGGUGAUUGCAGACCCCUGGCCUCCCAUUUUGGAGACUAAUGAAGCCUUGAACUUGACCCACCAACGCAGCUGGUCCUGGAGCCCUGCUGUUGUACCUCUCUGAGAGAAAAGCUCCGUUUUUCCCCUUCCCUGAGUUUCUUGGAGGUGAUGGAACUCAUGUUUGCUGAGUGGGAGGACGGGGAAAGGUUUUCCUUUGAAGACUCUGACCGCUUUGAAGAGGACUCCCUUUGUUCCUUCAUUUCGGAGGCGGAGAGCUUGUGUCAGAACUGGAGAGGAUGGCGAAAGCAGUCAGCUGGACCCAACUCCCCCACUGUCAAAAUGAAAGGCUUGAGAGAGACAUUGGACCAUGAGAGUGGCUGGAUAAAGGUGGGCUUUAGGAUUGAAGAAGAUCUGAACUCUGGGCUUACUGAUGCAGGCUGUGCUCACACAGAUGGGCUGGUGAUCCCACUGGUGGAGCUGUCUGCUAAACAGGUGGCAUUUCACAUUCCGUUUGAGGUGGUGGAAAAAGUCUACCCGCCUGUGCCUGAACAGCUGCAGCUUCGUAUUGCCUUUUGGAGCUUCCCAGAAAACGAGGAGGACAUCAGGUUAUACUCCUGCUUGGCAAAUGGCAGUGCAGACGAAUUCCAGAAGGGAGAGCAGCUUUUCCGAAUGAGAGCCGUUAAAGAUCCGCUGCAGAUAGGUUUCCAUCUGAGUGCCACAGUGGUGCCUCCCCAGAUGGUACCACCCAAAGGAGCUUACAAUGUGGCCGUGAUGUUUGACAGAUGCAGAAUCACGUCCUGCAGCUGCACCUGUGGAGCCGGGGCCAAAUGGUGUGCUCAUGUGGUUGCUCUCUGUCUCUUCCGAAUACACAACGCAUCUGCCGUGUGCUUGCGAGCCCCUGUCUCAGAAUCCUUGUCUCGGCUGCAGAGAGAUCAGCUGCAGAAAUUUGCCCAGUACUUAAUCAGUGAACUCCCCCAGCAGAUACUGCCUACUGCUCAGCGCCUGCUGGAUGAGCUGCUGUCCUCCCAGUCAACUGCCAUCAACACUGUGUGUGGGGCCCCAGAUCCCACCGCUGGUCCUUCGGCCUCAGAUCAAAGCACCUGGUAUUUGGAUGAAUCAACGUUAAGUGACAACAUAAAGAAGACCCUGCACAAGUUUUGUGGUCCUUCUCCUGUUGUCUUCAGUGAUGUGAACUCCAUGUACCUGUCCUCCACGGAGCCCCCAGCUGCUGCGGAGUGGGCAUGCCUCUUGCGCCCCCUGCGAGGGAGGGAACCAGAAGGCAUCUGGAACUUGCUCUCUAUCGUUCGGGAGAUGUUCAAGAGACGGGAUACCAAUGCGGCUCCUCUUUUGGAAAUCCUAACAGACCAGUGCCUGACGUAUGAGCAGAUAACUGGCUGGUGGUACAGUGUCCGGACGUCUGCAUCCCACAGCAGUGCCAGUGGGCACACUGGCCGCAGCAACGGCCAGUCAGAGGUAGCUGCUCACGCCUGCGCCAGCAUGUGUGAUGAGAUGGUGGUGCUUUGGAGGCUGGCUGUCUUGGAUCCAACCAUCAGUCCCCACAGGCGAAGGGACAUGUGUGCGCAGCUCCGUAUGUGGCAGCUGAAGGUCAUCGACAACGUCAAGAGGGGGCAGCACAAGAAAUCCCUGGAGAAGCUGUUCCAAGGCUUUAAGCCGGCGGUUGAAGCCUGCUAUUUCAACUGGGAGGAGGCCUAUCCCAUCCCGGGCAUCACCUACAGCAGUGCCGACAAGAAGAAUUCUUUUUGCUGGGUGAAAGCCAUCCAGCAGCGGAGUUGUCGGCCGCAGUGCGCAGAGACCUUCUGUGAGGCAGGGAGGGGGCCUGGGCAGGAGGCCACGGGGGCCUGCCUGCAGUUAGGGGACAGGUCCCGCCUCGCUUCCCAGGAACCAGCGGUACGCCCAAAAGAAAUAAUUGGGAAGCGGAAAGUUGUCCCCGACGGCCCUCAGCGUGUCCUGAGGCGUCUCUCGGCAGAAGGCGACAAGGCGGCCUACAAGCCGGCCGCAAACAAGGGCAAGCUUCCAGCAGGGAAGAGCUUGGCCAGCAAGCACAGUGGGAAGCGCCGCAUGAGCAGCGAGGACAGCUCUCUGGAGCCAGACCUGGCCGAGAUGACUCUGGACGACAGCAGCUUGGCCCUGGGGGCGGAGGCCAGCAACACGUUCAGUUUCACGGAGAGCCCCUUGAGCCGGAGCUUUCGGGAUACCUUUGAGGACGAGGGGGGCGUGUAUUUCUCGGAAGCUGCCGAACCAACCCUCCGGAGCAGUCCGUCCACCAAGAAGACCCCCAAGGACCCCGCGGGGGAAGUGGGUAGCGGAGACGACGACUUCCCUUGCCCAGACCAGAGUGGUGGUGGGGUGAGUCUGAAACCGAAAGAAGUGGGGGAGAAUGGUGCGGCUGGAGGAGAAGAGGACGAUGAUGACUAUCAGGUGUACUAUCUGAACCCCCAGGAGGUUUCUAAGGAAGAGGAGGAGAAGGCGGAGGGAGGGGUGGAAGAAGACCAGGACAUCUUUGCUGGGAUAAAGCCUCUGGAGCAGGAGAACCGCAUGGAGAUCCUCUUUGCCUGCGCAGAGGCCCUCUACGCCCACGGCUACAGCAACGAAGCCUGCCGCCUGACCGUAGAGCUCGCCAAGGAUUUGCGGGCCAACCCCCCAGACCUCAAAGUGGAGCAGCCCCCAACCAAGGGAAAGAAGAACAGGGUAUCCACCAGCAAGCAGACUUGGAUGGCGACCAACACCUUAUCGAAAGCGGCAUUCCUGCUCACUGUGCUCAGUGAACGGCAGGAGUACCACACCCUGGCUUUCCAGAUCGGCAUGUUUGCUUUGGAGCUGCAGAGGCCCCCGGCCUCCACCAAGGCACUGGAGGUCAAGUUGGCCUACCAAGAGUCAGAGAUUGCGGCCCUGCUGAAGAAAAUCCCACUUGGCUCCAAUGAGAUGAACACCAUUCGGGGAAGGGCAGAGGAGCUGAGGGAAGGAACUCUCUGUGACUACCGCCCGGUCUUGCCGCUCAUGCUGGCCAACUUCAUAUUCGACGUCCUGUGUGCUCCAGUGGUUUCUCCUACCGGAUCCAGACCGCCGAGCCGUAAUUGGAAUAAUGAAAUGCCUGGAGAUGAGGAGCUGGGCUUUGAGGCAGCUGUGGCGGCUCUUGGCAUGAAGACAACUGUGAGUGAAGCAGAACACCCUCUUCUGUGCGAAGGCACCCGAAGGGAGAAGGGUGACCUGGCGCUACUCCUGAUGACAACUUACAAAGAUGACCAGUCAAAACUAAAAAAAAUCUUGGACAAGCUGUUAGACAGAGAGAGUCAAACGCACAAGCCUCAGACACUGAGCUCCUUCUACUCGUCUAGCAAGCCGACGGUGGCCAAUCAGAAGUCUCCUUCCAAGCAUGCAGCCCAAUCAGCGGCACCCAUUCAGCAUCUCUCGGGGGGGUCUGUGCCUCAGCAGGCAGGGGUGGCCCCUGCAGUCCAGAGCAGCCCCUCAGAACCCUUCGUUGAGAAGAGUGCUCAAGAGAACCCUCAGAGGUCUCCUUGUGACCCGCCAGUGGAAUCCAGCAUCUUGAAACAAGAAGGGAAAGUUCCCAGCCGGCUGGCCCUGGGGAACAGAGGCGGCUACAAUGGCCGGUGUUGGGGCUCUCCUGUCAGGCAGAAAAAGAAACAUACCGGCAUGGCUAGCAUCGACAGCAGCGCCCCAGAAACCACCUCCGACAGCUCCCCAACUCUCAGCCGUCGGCCCCUGCGGGGUGGGUGGGCGGCCACCUCCUGGACCAGAGGACAGGACAGCGACAGCAUCAGCAGCUCCUCCAGCGACUCUCUGGGCUCCUCCUCCUCCAGCGGCAGCCGGAGAGCCAGCGGAGGGGCCCGCGCCAAGACUGUGGAAGUCAGCAGGUACAAAGGAAGAAGGCCAGAGAGCCACGCCCCUCACGUCCCCAACCAGCCAUCGGAGGCGGCCGCCCACUUCUACUUUGAGCUGGCCAAGACGGUCCUCAUCAAGGCCGGGGGCAACAGCAGCACCUCCAUCUUCACCCACCCGUCCUCCAGCGGCGGUCACCAGGGGCCUCAUCGCAACCUCCACCUCUGCGCCUUCGAGAUCGGGCUCUACGCCCUGGGGCUGCACAACUUUGUCUCCCCCAACUGGCUCUCUCGGACGUACUCCUCCCACGUCUCGUGGAUCACAGGGCAAGCCAUGGAGAUCGGCAGCGCAGCCUUGAAUAUCCUGGUGGAGUGCUGGGAUGGGCACCUGACCCCGCCAGAAGUGGCGUCCUUGGCUGACAGAGCGUCCAGAGCCAGGGAUUCCAACAUGGUGCGCGCAGCUGCCGAGCUGGCGCUGAGCUGCUUGCCCCACGCCCACGCCUUGAACCCAAACGAGAUCCAGAGAGCCCUGGUCCAGUGCAAGGAGCAGGAUAAUCUGAUGCUGGAGAAAGCCUGCAUGGCAGUGGAGGAGGCGGCUAAAGGAGGAGGGGUUUAUCCCGAGGUCCUCUUUGAAGUGGCUCACCAGUGGUACUGGCUGUACGAACAGACUGUGGGCGGGACCCUCGCCCAAAGGGAAGGGGCCACAGGCUGCAGCGCUAGUGGAGCCCGGGCAAAUUGCGAAGCAGUCCGUGGGCUGGCGGAUAAUAGAGUGACCUCAGAGCCCGCCACGGUGACUGUGGCGGCGGCCGUGACCGCUGCGGCAACGGUGGUGCCCGUGAUCUCAGUGGGGUCAACGAUCUACCAGCAGCACACCAUGGCUGGGCCGGCCGUGGCUCACGCACACACGCAGGGGCUUCACCCCUUCACCACUCUCCAGACACACAUUCCGUGCAAUCCUCAGUACAUCGGGCACCCGAUCCAGCACAUGCCGCGCCCGACUGUCUUCCCCGUGCCAGGCUCUGCGUAUCCCCAAGGUGUCCACCCAGCAUUCAUUGGGGCCCAGUAUCCAUACUCUGUAGCCACCCCAUCUUUGGCAGCUACAGCGGUGUCAUUCCCAGGAGUGCCUGUCCCGUCUAUGACGCAGAUCGCCGUGCAUCCUUACCAUGCUGAGACGGGGCUUUCGCUGUCAUCGAACGUAGCAAUAGGGAGUGUCCACGCAGGGACGACGUUCCCGGCCCUCCAAGGGACUGCUUUGACAAGUCUGUCUUCUCAGCCCACCCCCCUUGUUGCGGGGGGCUUCCCCUCGGAAGAGGAGCAGCACAGCCAGCCCGUGAGCCCCCAGGGCCUGCACUACCUGCACUCUGCUUACCGAGUCGGGAUGCUGGCCCUGGAGAUGCUCGGCCGUAGAGCUCACAAUGAUCACCCCAACAACUUCUCGCGCAGCCCACCGUACACGGAAGAUGUGAAGUGGCUCCUGGGCCUGGCUGCCAAGUUAGGUGUGAACUAUGUCCACCAGUUCUGCGUUGGUGCAGCCAAGGGAGUCCUGAGCCCUUUUGUGUUGCAAGAGAUCAUCAUGGAAGCCCUGCAGAGGCUGAAUCCCGCCCACGUCCACAACCACCUGCGGACGCCCGCCUUCCACCAGUUGGUCCAGCGGUGCCAGCAGGCUUACAUCCAGUACAUCCACCACCGGCUGAUCCACUUGACUCCGGCGGAGUACGAUGACUUUGUGAAUGCCAUCCGCAGUGCCCGCAGCGCCUUCUGCCUGACCCCCAUGGGAAUGAUGCAGUUCAACGACAUCCUCCAGAACCUGAAGCGCAGCAAGCAGACCAAGGACUUGUGGCAAAGGGUCUCUCUGGAAAUGACCACCUUUUCGCCCUGACGGCUUGGGGAGGGCGCCACCUCUGCCCUCCCCCUCACUCAAGUUCUGCUCCCGGCAUCCUUCCUUUAUGGGGUCGUUUUAUUUUAGCUGUUGGAAACCACUGAGUUGAUUUAUUUAUGCCAUGACAUUCCUCUUCCGUGCGACUUCUGUGGCCAAGCGCCACGUCUUUGUUCUCUCCUUCCCCAGCAGGUGGAACUUGAGGAGCUGUUUUGUGAGUACAAGGAGGCGUGUCUGCGAGAAAGAGAACGUGUGUGUGUGCGUGUGUGUGUCCGUGCGCGUGUGCGAGCAAAUGUGGGCGAGUGGGAGGACCAGGCUGAUGUUUUGCCAGUGCUGUCAAGCCCUUGUCCUCCUUGGAGGUGGCUUCACAAACGAUCCGCUCUGUGUGCGCACCCGUGUGUGUGUGCACAUUUGGGGAUAGGGUGGAGCCUGUCUUAAAAGUAUUUAUUUUGGCAUUUAUAAAUAUGUAUACUACUUUCUAUAAGAUUCUAAAAAGAUUCACGUAUCACGGACCAGGAGAGGCACAGCUUGCUUUCUGUGCAGCCGGGGCCCCUCCCUGACCACUCUUUCCCACCGCCCUCAACCUUCCAAGCGGGCAGAAGCUGGGAGCGACACCCCCCUCCCCCUGGCCAGAUCUGCCCUCAUGCUGCCCAGGACAGAACUGAUCUGGCUCCUGCAGCUCUGUGUGGCUGCUCAAAAAAGGGCCCCCUACCCCGACCGCUGCCGGCUUCCUCAGACGUUCUAACCAGGGGGCUCCUGAGUUGUGUACAGUCACGUUCCCUCGGUUGGGAUUGUUAGCACUCCUGUAAUCGAUUUCUUAUUCCUUGUCUUAGUUUCCCUGAUUAAAACAUCCAUUUUCUUA